CAAUAGCAGUGUCUUAUUCACGAGGCAAGAAAUAUGAAGAAUGGGCUCAUAGAAAUGUGAUGUUACUUGGCCCUGAAGCUUCAGAACCACCAAACCGAUUUCAACAUCUCUACACCACCCUCCCCAUAUUUCUUUAAUAAAAAGCAAUCCUUGUUCUAUUUAAGCCACUUCAAGUGGACUCUCCUGUUUACUUGCAGCUUCUAAAAUUUUGCAGUGCUCUCCAGAAAAGUGCAUGGCGUGUGCAGGUGUCUUGUGGGGCUUGAUGUAGGCAUCAAGGUUAGUUUUCUUUUUGUUCAAUUAGUUAUUGCAGAUAACCCUGAUGUCGUAUCUGUAUUUCUCCCAUCCUGCUCAUCUAGAUAAAAUACAAGAGUACAAACUGCACGUGAUCGAUGAGUGUUCCACAACAUGUAGCAAGACCACUUGGCCUGGGAACCAUGUAGACUUCUUCUACCAAGAAAUAGAGAGACACAAGAAAAGACACAAUAGAGAGACAAGAAAAAACAGACCAUGUCUGUUUCUUCCCAGAAGACCUCAAGGGAGACAGCCCAUGACUGUGGUCCUACAGGGAGUUGCUGGGGUUGGAAAAACAACCCUAGCUAAAAAGGUGAUGUUGGAGUGGGCACAAAACAAGUUCUACCCCCAUAAGUUCUGGUGUGCUUUCUAUAUCCAUUGCCGGGAAGUGGCCCAGGUAGCCAAGCAGAGCUUCUCGGAGCUGAUUGCCCAUAAGUGGCCAGGGUCAAAAGCUCUCAUGUCCAAGAUUAUGUCCAAACCAGACCAACUUCUGCUCCUCUUUGAUGGCUUUGAGGAGGUAACAUUGACCCUCACAGAUAGACCAACUGACCUGAGUGAGGACUAGAGCCAGAAAUUGCCUGGGUCUAUCCUGCUGACCAGUUUGCUGAGCAAAAGAAUGCUUCCUGAAGCCACUAUACUGAUCACUCUGAGGUUCACGUCUCGGAGAAAACUUAAGCCCUUCCUAAAACAGCCCUCUUUUAUAACCCUUACAGGGUUUGGUAUGGCAGAAAGAGGCAAGUGUUUCAAGACCUAUUUCGGAAACAAGAAGGAAGCUGAUGAAGCCUUGAGUUUUGUCAUGGGAAACAUGAUUCUCUUGUCCACGUGCCAGGUCCCUGUGGUUUGCUGGAUGGUGUGCUCUUGUCUGAGGCAGCAGAUGGAGAGAGGAGCAGAUCUCAGGCAGGUGUAUCCAAACGCCAUGGCUCUAUUCGUCCAGUAUCUGUCUGGCUUAUUUCCCACCAAGGCUGGAGGACUUCCCAGCUACACUCACCAAGAAAAGCUGAGAGGUCUGUGUUACUUGGCUGCAGAGGGUAUGUGGAACAUGAAAUGGGUGUUUGACCCAGAAAUCCUGGCCAAGCUGGAGGAGACCGCCGUUGCCACUUUUCUCCGUGUGAAUAUCUUUCAAAGGGUUGCAGGUGACCAAGACUGUUACACUUUUGCCUUCAUGAGCUUCCAGGAAUUCUUUGCUGCCUUGUGGUACAUCCUCUCCUCCCCGCAAAGACUCAGAAAUUUCCAGGUGUUGGACAGCGUUUAAGUCACGCACCUGAUAGCCUACCCCGGAAGAAAGAAAAACUAUCUCGCUCCGAUGGGGCUUUUCCUGUUCGGCCUUUUAAAUGAAACAUGGGCUUUAGUCGCGGAGAAGUCAUCCCGAGGCAAGCUGACCUUGAGUAAUAGAAAGAAGCUGUUGGAAGUUGUAGCCCUGUCACAUGAAUUUGGCCCCCCAACCCCACACCACGGCGUCCCACAGCUAUUGUACUGUCUGCAUGAAACCCAGGAGGAGGCACUUGUGAGCCAGAUCCUAAAUGAUUGUCAGAAAGCUGCUUUGACCAUCAGCAAGGUCAAAGACAUUCAGGUGUCUGCUUUUUGUCUGAAGCACUGUAGACACCUGCGGUGUCUAGAACUGACCAUCACCCUGACCGUCACCCAAGUGUCCACACCCCACCCAGAAUCCCUCCGUUCCACUGAGUGA